UUCAAUUGUACAGUAACUGACCUUGUCCUGCACUCCAUCUCCACUUCACUAUUCAUUUCCUACCUUUCUUCAUUUCUUAUCCCUUUCUCCAUAUCUAUCUUCUCUCUCUGCCUCUCUGUUUUUCCCUUGCAAUGGAGAUUCCAACCAAAACACCAACUUUUUCCCUUCAAAACUCGUUCCCCUGUCUCUUCUUCUUCUUCUUCUCCAGUCAAUACAUUGUGGUUCCUGUUACAGCAGAUUUCAAUGUUACCCCUUACCACCCCAUAGAAAACAUCGCAAUUGACUGCGGUUCUCCUUCCACCAAUGCCUCGUCUCUCGAUAGCCGUUCUUGGGUUGGAGAUGGCAAUGGAAAAUUCAGCCCCAUAGAGCCACAAAACAACAAGUACAAAUCCUCAGCGACUAAAGCUGUAUCUCCACCGCCCUCACCAGUUGAUAAUGUCCCCUACUCCACAGCUCGUCUUUCUUACUCACAGUUCACCUAUUCUAUUCCCCUCACUUCUGGCCCAAAGUUCAUCCGCUUGCACUUCUAUCCAACUUCAUAUCCAGACUUUGACGACCCUUCUAAGAAAGCUUUCUUCUCUGUUGAAGGUGGGGGUUUUACCCUUCUCAGGAAUUUCAGUGCUUCACUCCAUGUUGUACCCGAAGUUCCACUUAUCAUCAAAGAAUUUUGUAUAAAUGUAGAUGAAGGUCAAAGGUUAAACUUAACCUUCACUCCUAGUCUUGAUAUCACUGAUUCUUAUGCUUUCAUCAAUGCCAUCGAAGUUGUUUCUAUGCCGAUCAAUCUAUAUUAUACACCAAAGAUUGAUGAUCACGGCGUACCUUUUGUUGGCCAGGCCCCAGGAAGCUUGUACACCCUAAAAAACAACACUGCCCUUGAGAUGAUGUAUCGAAUCAACGUUGGUGGGAGGGAAAUCUCGCCAGAAGACGAAACUCAAAUGUUCCGGAGCUGGUUAAAAGAUGACGCCUAUUUGACAAUAGCCAAACCAAGCGCUAUUUCUGUUAAUACAACUAUUAAUCUCACCUUCAGCAGUGAUGCACCAUCGUACUCUGCUCCAAGGGAGGUUUAUGUGACUGCAAGGACCAUGGGGACGAACAAGACCCAGAAUGAGAACUACCAAUUGACAUGGGAGUUUCCUGUUGAUUCUGGGUUCAAUUACUUCGUAAGGUUACAUUUUUGUGAGUUCCAGAGAGAGAUAACCAAAGGAGGUGAUAGAGUGUUUGAGAUCUUAUUGGCUAAUUCAAUUGCAGAAACUGCAGCAGAUGUUAUAUCCUGGAGUAGAGGAUAUGGGAUUCCAGUAUAUUGGGAUUAUGUGGUGUCAAUAGGAAAGAAAGGAAAUCAAAAGCAGCGAAAUCUCACUAUUGCUUUGCAUCCUUCGCGAGCUCCGAGAACUCUUUAUUCUGAUGCCAUCUUGAAUGGGCUUGAAAUCUUCAAAUUGAACAACGGUUUUUCUCUCUCCGGACCUAGCUUUGAUCAUACAUCUGGACCUAACAUCCAUCCUAGGAAGUCGCCGGUUGUGCAAAUAACAAAGAAGAGAACAAUAAUUGUUGCUGUUGUUUCUCCUAUCUCAGGCUUUAUUACCGUCUCUCUUUUACUUUUUCUAAUUUGCCGGAUACAUUCCAAUAAAUUUGCCAACAGCAGAAGCCCUACUCCACCUUCAGAUAUUUGUCCCCGCUUCUCACUAAGGGAGAUCAAAACAGCUACCAACAACUUCGAUGAAAGUUUCAUCAUCGGAAGAGGAGGAUUUGGCAACGUUUACAAAGGAUUUAAUAAUGCCAGCUCCUCCCCAGUUGCGAUCAAACGUUUGAAUCCAAGCUCACAACAAGGGGUGCUUGAGUUUAGGACUGAAAUCGAGAUGCUUUCCAAACUUAGACACCAAAAUUUAGUUUCUCUGAUCGGAUAUUGUGAAGACAAGAUGGAAAUGAUCCUUGUGUAUGACUACAUGGUUCAUGGGACCUUGAGAGAUCACCUCUACAACACUAAUAACCCCCCUUUACAAUGGGAGCAAAGGCUCAAGAUGUGUAUUGGUGCUGCACAAGGGCUGCAUUAUCUCCACAGGGGUCCUAAUCACACCAUCAUUCACCGAGAUGUGAAGACCACAAAUAUUUUGAUAAAUGAGAAAUGGAUAGCCAAAAUAUCUGAUUUUGGAUUGUCUAAAAUGAAUGACUUAUCCAAUACUCAUAUUAGCACUGCCGUCAAGGGAAGCAUCGGGUACUUGGAUCCUGAAUACUACCGUCUUCAGAAAAUAACUGAGAAAUCCGACGUCUACUCUUUCGGUGUGGUGUUGUGUGAAGUACUAUGUGCAAGAGCGCCAAUAGAUCGAACUGCCGAGGAUCAUAUGCAAAUAAGUUUAGCGGAGUGGGUACAACAUUGCUACAUCAACGGAACUCUGGAUCAGGUAAUUGAUACUCAUCUACAGGGUAAGAUCAAGCUUGCAAGUCUGUUAAAAUUUGGUGAAGUGGCUAUAAGUUGUUUGGCUUCAGAAGGCAUUAAAAGGCCAACAAUGAGCGAAGUGGUGUAUGGACUUGAGCUUGCAUUGAAGCUGCAGGGAAGUGAAAUGAAUGGAAACGAUGAGAAUCAUGCAAAUGACUCAUCCACCAUUGAUUAUCAUGUGUUGUUUAGUAGCGGUGAAUCAAUGAAAGUUGGCCGCUAAAAUAGAUUUUCUUUUGGCCCAUUGUAAUCUUAAUUAUCACUUUAUAUAUUACCAAUUUAUGCAUCAAAAGAUAUUAACUUAAUUA